GCAUGGACACAUAGGAUAACAUGCUGGGGAUGGACACAUAGGAUAACAUGCCGGGGAUGGACACAUAGGAUAACAUGCCGGGGAUGGACACAUAGGAUAACAUGCCGGGGAUGGACACAUAGGAUAACAUGCCGGGGAUGGACACAUAGGAUAACAUGCCGGGGAUGGACACAUAGGAUAACAUGCCGGGGAUGGACACAUAGGAUAACAUGCUGGGGAUGGACACACAGGAUAACAUGCCGGGGAUGGACACACAGGAUAACAUGCUGGGGAUGGACACAUAGGAUAACAUGCCGGGGAUGGACACAUAGGAUAACA